AUGGCUGGUGAAGGUCCUCACACACCUCCCGGUAACCUGGACCGCUCCGGGGCCCCCACUCCGACUUCGAGCGGAGUGGCAGCGGAUGCAGCGGACAGGGACAGCCGGGCCCCGAGUCCCAGCCCUUCACCGGGGUCCAACCAGGAGGUGUCUCAGCAGACACCUUCUCCGCCCACUACCCCGUCCUCUCCUUCCAGAGAGACGGCCCCGCAGGAACCCGAGAGGAUGCCCGGAGAGCAGCACAACGACGACUACGGCGACGAUGGCAACAACGACGACGAUGACACCCCCGAACCCGAAGGGAAUAGGAAGGAUUCGGAGAGGCGGGCAGAACGGGGCUUUUUGGGGGUAAGAGUCUGGUUUGCUUGGGAUGCUUACAGCAGGAUCGGAUACCUGUAG